AUGAACGAAGAGGGCGAGAACGAAUGGAUCCGUAUGGAAGGAACAAGCAGUGACCUUCCCUCUAUUAUUGCUUGUAUACCUGAACUCGUCUAUGAAGUGCUAAAUAUACUACCAGCCCGUGUUCUUUAUACCUGUACGCAGGUCAACCGUUUAUGGUAUCACGUGGCAACGUCCGUACUGCGCAAGCGCGUAAGUUGUAACACGAUAUUUGUCCAGGACCGUAUCAUCGAACAUUCAGACGCAAGGGAGUAUUGUGAGAGUUUGUAUUCAAAACCUAGUGUCGUCUUUCUGUUUACGUACGAUGAUAUCUGGCUGACUAGGAGAGACAAACCGCGCAGACGUGGGCUGGAAAGACAGCUGGUGAAAUCUGUUCGACAUUUGUACGACGAACUUCCAGACGAGUGUCAAUUACUAGGUUGUACUACAGAGAAACUUAUCUAUAAUCUACCGGAGAGUUUCCCCACCGGGCCUGUGCACAAGAAACGCGGUCACGUGGCUAUAUCGUUCCCGGAAGUGAGUGGCGUGAAAUAUCAUACCGUUCACGUGAGACAUUUGAGACAUCAUAGCCGUGAUUGGUCGAGAUUAUUCAGGUUUACUGUCAAUCAUCCAGUGAAGUUAGCCAUCAUCCUGGCAUUGCCACACAGCAGGGAUAUGAUCGCUCAUAUCGCUUCAGGUACGUCCAUAUCUUCUUUUUGUACUUUCUGCUGCAUGCAUAGCGCUGGUAAACCUGGAAAGAAGUGUUUAAUAUUGUUUCUCGGGGGCUGGUUCUUCAAAGCUGGAUUAGUGUUAACCUUCCGUUAAAAUUUAACCUGCUGUUUCAGUUUAUGUAUUUAUGUACGUCUGUUUAUUUUAAAACUUCGAAGAAGUAAACUCCUACUGAUCCUGACCAGAUUUCUAAAGAAAUAUUUCCAAAUUUAUAGACAAUGUAUAUAUAAUACUUUUUGUUCGUGGAAACCACGCGUAAAUUUAUUACGGAUCGAAAGCUUUGCAGUAAUAAAUUUUCGUGAUGUUUCCACAAACAAAAUAGUAUAUGUUUUAUCGCCAUGCAAACCUACAAAGAACUUAUAUAGACAAUGUGUUUGGGAAGUUUGCUUUGAAUUUUAGGUUUAACGUAGAGAUAAUGUUAUCAGCUUUCGAACAACCGACUCCUGCACAGUAAAUAACAUGCCGUAUUUGUAACAUUCUCUGUGUUUUAGGUGUUCGUGAAACAUUCGGUGAGGGAGUGACAAUCCUUGGAGGAGUUGGUCAUGAUCGACUGUUUAUGGAUGGAACAGUACGCAGAACUAGAGCACUUGUUCUUUUGAUCAGCGGCAGUGCAUUUGGAGUACGCGCUGGAUUCCUCAACCAACCAAUAGCUUUAGCCGAAGCGAGAACGGACUUUUACGAACCCGCCCGAACUAUGAUCCGGGAACUUGAGCAGGAGAAUUUUCGCCCUUCGGUAGCUUUGGUGUUUACGUCACGAUUUGUACAUCGUGGAAACUCGUAUUUCUCGAGCGCUCACGGAAUAUUUCGAGACAACUUCCCGGCCAUUUUAUCCGGGGGCUUUUAUUCGUAUGGGGAAUUUUGCAUGAGGGACGGAGAACCGGGUAGGACAGUUCAAAGCUGCAAGGAAUUCAUGAAAUAUAAUUCGUCCGUGUUUUGCGUUUGUGGAUACGAUAAGACAGCUGUAGCAUCUUGACUGCUUUCCUAGAAAUAUUUCAGGCAAUAUUACAAUAUCCAAUUAGAAAAUGUUUCGUUAUUUUACUUUUAUUUUCAACAUUUAAACACUAAAAUAUUUUAAAUCAUUAACUAUAUAAUAUUCUGAGCUUCAAAAACUCCUUCGAAAAUAACCAAUAAAUAGAUUUAAUAAAUAUAACUUUUGACUCUAAAUAAUAAUUUGCCUCUUUUGGUAUAAAUUUGUCAAACAUUUUAAUAUUUUAACGUUAACGUUAACGUUCUAGUAAAAUAACAAUUACGCGUUGAACAACAAGGAAUCUGUUUUUAAUCCUUUUACAGGUAAACUACGUGAAGCGUUCCUCUUUUGAAUUUCUAAAUUGAUUGCAAUUUUCCUCAUUACUUUUGCAAUUUAAAAAACUCUCUUGCAAAUCCCUUGAGGAAAUUUGCAAUGUUGCUAAAACCGAAUUAAAUUUUCGUCAGUUCCUGUUAGAAGUUCCUAACUUCCUAUUAGAAGUUCCUAACUUCCUGUUCUGUUCUGGGUGUUGCAAUUGGCUAACAAAAAUAAUCGACCAAUAACAACGCUCAGAACAGAACAGGAAGUUAGGAAAUUAAAACAGGAAGUUAGGAAAAUUUAAAAUGAAGUUUGGAAUAUUGCAACAGCCGAUAGGAACAUUGCAAAUUCCCUCAAGGGAUUUGCAAAGAGUUUUUCAAAUUUGCAAACCUAAUGAGGAAAAUUCCAAAUGAGUUACGAAGUCAAAAGAGGAACGCUUCACGUAGUUUACAUGUAAAGUUUGAAAACAAUUUGAAAUUUUCUCUUUGGGGCUUGGUUCUGUCGCUUGCAAAUCUGGGAAAGGACUACGAUGCAUAGCGGGUACACGAUGAUGUGAUGGUGACAACAUCCGACUACAGUCCGAUCGUAACCCGAGAGAUUUACGAACACCAGGUUGCAUCAUGCAAACAUUUAUGGAUAAACCACGUGCGCAUCACGUGGUUAGGUCUACUCAGGGUUUUCAAUGAAGUCAUGUCUUUAGAAAGUGCCCUGGCAGUUUCCUGCGUC